CAGCACUUCAAGCGUCAAACGUUUUUAAGGAGCGUGAGUAUGCCAGUAGAGAACACUAGAAUUCCUUCACCUCCCAAUGAACAGAAGCGGCCUAUACUGCAACGUCAGACCUCAAUCACCCAGACGAUAAAAAGGGGCACUGCUGACUGGUUUGGAGUAAGUAAAGACAGCGACUCGUCUCAUAAAUGGCAGAGGAAGAGCCUUAGACAUUGCAGCCAGAGAUAUGGAAAGUUGAAACCACAAGUUAUCCGAGAAAUGGACCUCCCUAGCCAAGACAACAUAUCUCUAACAAGUACAGAAACUCCACCACCUCUUUAUGUGGGACCAGCUCAGUUUAAUAUGCAAAAGAUUAUUGAUCCACUGGCACGAGGACGCGCUUUUCGAAUGGUAGAAGACAUAGAUGGCUACAGUAUGCCACAUACACCUAUUACACCAGGAGCAACUUCUCUCUGCUCAUUUACCAGCUCAAGAUCUGGAUUCAGCCGAUUUCCCCGGAGACGGAAAAAAGAGUCUGUGGCAAAAAUGAGCUUUAGAGCUGCAGCGGCACUUGUGAAGGGUCGAUCAAUAAAGGAAGGUACUUUACGAAGGAUACAUAGACGAAGCUUCACUCCGGUUAGUUUUUUUAGAAGAAGAUACUAUGGAUUUUCCUGAUGAACUGGACACAUCAUUUUUUGCAAGGGAAGGAGCUCUUCAUGAAGAUAUGUCAAGUUACCCCGAUGAAGUGUUUGAAUCUCCUUCAGAGGCAGCCAUCAAAGAGGCCGAUGAUACAGCAAAAGCAGAAGAUGCUUUGGAACAUACAGGGAGUGCCUUGGACAAAAGUGAAUUAGAAAAAAGUCAUUUAAUGCUGCCAUUGGAGAGAGGUUGGCGUAAAGUAAAAGAAGGACACCUUGUACAGCCAAAAAUUAGACUUUGUCAGGAAGUAGUCACUGUCAGUCCUCAAAAGAGAGGUCAGCGUAUAACUGUCCCGGUAAAGAAGCUGUUUGCAAAAGAAAAAAGGCCAUAUGGUCUUGGAAUGGUGGGAAGAUUAACAAACAGAACAUAUCGUAAAAGGAUAGACAGCUACGUAAAAAGACAAAUAGAAGAUAUGGAUGACCACCGGCCGUUCUUCACUUACUGGAUCACAGUUGUACAUCUACUCAUUACAAUCCUGACUGUAUCCAUCUAUGGUAUUGCACCUGUUGGAUUUUCUCAACACGAAACUGUAGAAUCUGUUUUGCGAAACAAGGGAGUUUAUGAAAACGUAAGAUACAUACAGCAAGAAAACUUUUGGAUUGGACCAAAUUCUGAAGACUUAAUACAUCUUGGAGCUAAGUUUUCUCCAUGCAUGAGACAAGAUCCGCAAGUGUACAGUUUAAUUCAAAUGAAGAGAGAGAAGGAAAAACACUCUGCUUGCUGUGUUAGAAAUGACAAAUCCGGCUGUAUUCAGACCUCUGAAGAGGAGUGCUCGUCUACCCUGGCUGUAUGGGUCAAAUGGCCAGGUCAUUCUAGCACCCCACUUUUGGCAAACAAAAGUGAAAGAAAUUAUGGCUCAGUGUGUCGCCAGGAUCCCAGGUUUUGCGCUGAACCAGCUUCCGUGCCUCCACACGAAUGGCCUGAUGACAUUACAAAAUGGCCGGUGUGUACUAAUAGUACGAAUGGGAGUUACCCUAAUCAUCUGCAUAUGAACUGUGAAAUAACAGGCAGGCCCUGCUGUAUUGGAACAAAAGGAAGCUGUAAAAUAACAUCAAGAGAAUACUGUGAGUUCAUGAAAGGAUACUUCCAUGAAGAAGCAACAUUAUGUUCACAGGUACAUUGCAUGGAUGAUGUGUGUGGCCUUCUGCCAUUCUUGAAUCCAGAGGUUCCAGACCAGUGUUAUAGAUUAUGGCUUUCUCUUUUCCUUCAUGCUGGCAUCUUGCAUUGUCUGGUCUCUGUUUGUUUCCAAAUGACUAUACUACGAGAUCUCGAAAAGCUGGCAGGCUGGCAUAGAAUCUCCAUUAUCUACAUUUUAAGUGGGAUUACUGGGAAUCUUACUAGUGCCAUCUUUCUGCCCUACAGAGCUGAGGUUGGACCAGCUGGAUCUCAGUUUGGAAUCUUGGCUUGCCUUUUUGUCGAACUCUUUCAAAGCUGGCAGAUUCUAGCAAGACCGUGGAGGGCUUUCUUCAAAUUGCUUGCUGUUGUCAUCUUCCUAUUCACGUUUGGACUCCUUCCUUGGAUUGACAAUUUUGCUCAUAUUUCUGGCUUUAUUAGCGGCUUCUUUUUAUCUUUUGCAUUUCUUCCGUAUAUUAGUUUCGGCAAAUUUGACUUAUACCGG